AUGCAACAGGAAGCAGAGCAACAGGAACCAGAGCAACAGGAACCAGAGCAACAGGAACCAGAGCAACAGGUAUCAGAGCAUCAGGAACCAGAGCAUCAGAAACCAGAGCAACAGGAACCAGAGCAACAGGAAGCAGAGCAACAGGAACCAGAGCAACAGGAAGCAGAGCAACAGGAACCAGAGCAACAGGAAGCAGAGCAACAGGAACCAGAGCAACAGGAACCAGAGCAACAGGAAGCAGAGCAACAGGAACCAGAGCAACAGGUAUCAGAGCAUCAGGAACCAGAGCAUCAGAAACCAGAGCAACAGGAACCAGAGCAACAGGAAGCAGAGCAACAGGAACCAGAGCAACAGGAAGCAGAGCAACAGGAACCAGAGCAACAGGAAGCAGAGCAACAGGAACCAGAGCAACAGGAACCAGAGCAACAGGAAGCAGAGCAACAGGAACCAGAGCAACAGGAACCAGAGCAACAGGAACCAGAGCAACAGGAACCAGAGCAACAGGAACCAGAGCAACAGGAACCAGAGCAACAGGAAGCAGAGCAACAGGAACCAGAGCAACAGGAACCAGAGCAACAGGAACCAGAGCAACAGGAACCAGAGCAACAGGAAGCAGAGCAACAGGAACCAGAGCAACAGGAAGCAGAGCAACAGGAAGCAGAGCAACAGGAACCAGAGCAACAGGAACCAGAGCAACAGGAAGCAGAGCAACAGGAACCAGAGCAACAGGAACCAGAGCAACAGGAACCAGAGCAACAGGAACCAGAGCAACAGGAAGCAGAGCAACAGGAACCAGAGCAACAGGAACCAGAGCAACAGGAACCAGAGCAACAGGAACCAGAGCAACAGGAACCAGAGCAACAGGAACCAGAGCAACAGGAAGCAGAGCAACAGGAACCAGAGCAACAGGAACCAGAGCAACAGGAAGCAGAGCAACAGGAGCAGAAUAAAUAUGGAGGAGCGCAGAGAGUGCUGAAACUUCAUGCAGCUCUGCUAAUCCAUAUAGCUGGUAGCAUCACAUAG